GAGCAUGUGUUUGAGUCACUGUUGGAGUCAAAUAAAAGACAUUCACCCACUCCUAUAGUAGUAAGAAAAAAAAAAAGAAAGCUAAAGUUUGGUGUGAACGGAGCGUGUGAGAGAUGUGUUCACCUCUGAGCGGCGGACAAGUUUAAAUGUGCCGCAUGUCAGAGCGCUUUCUCUCAUAGGUGAGGAUAAAACAGUCCAGACUCUGCUGCUUUUGUUGUUGUUUUUCUUCUUUUUUCUCUCUCUUCCUUUUUUACUGGCAGUCUGAGUUAAGCUUAUGACUUUUGACACACUCCGGGAGCGACGCUGCAAAUGGGCGGCAUAGGUGGCAGCCUCUACCUCAGCAUGUUGAAUGGGACUGAAGCGCAAACUCUCGGAAAGAGCGUCGACAUCAGCAGCCACCUCCACCGCAGCGGCAAGGAUCUACCCGAGUUUAAGAUGGGCAUCCAGGACGCCCGCUUCUACUAUCCGGACUCGGUCCAGGGCGGCCAGGACCCUCUGACCCUGUCCUACCACACGGAGCAGACAGUGGGGAGUUACGGGGCGCAGCCCGGCAGGUUUUACGCGCAGAGCUUUAGCGGCUGCCCCUACGGCGGCGUGCGCUCUCCGCAGAGGAGCGGCGCCGGGCAGGGAUACGUCCCCGCGGCGGGAGAGGGGUUCCCCACUGGAGGUAAAGACCCGAUGUACUCCCCCUCUGCGGAGAACUACCCGGCGGGCUUCCAGCACGGCUACCAGCGGUCUCUCUACCCUUUACCUGGGCUGCAGGUGUGCGGGAAGACCCAGGUUUUGCUAAAUAACUACCCGCUGUGGGCCAAGUUUCACAAGUUCCAGACCGAGAUGAUAAUCACCAAGCAGGGAAGGAGGAUGUUUCCUUUCCUGAGCUUCAACAUCAGCGUGCUGGAUCCGUCCGCCCACUAUAACGUCUACGUAGACGUGGUUCUGGCCGAUCAGCACCACUGGAGGUACCAGGGAGGCAAAUGGGUCCAGUGUGGGAAAGCAGAGGGAAACAUGCCAGGGAAUCGGAUGUACAUGCACCCAGACUCUCCUAACUCAGGGGCUCAUUGGAUGAGACAAGAAGUGUCAUUCAGCAAGCUUAAGCUCACCAACAACAAGGGCAGCACCAACAACGUGGCACAGAUGAUUGUGCUCCAGUCGCUCCACAAGUACCAGCCACGUCUUCACAUAGUGGAGGUGAAGGAGGACGGCUCAGAGGACCCCUUCCUGUCCUCUAAAGCUCAGACGUUUGUCUUCCCAGAGACGCAGUUCAUCGCUGUCACAGCCUAUCAGAACGCAGACAUCACUCAGCUGAAAAUAGACCAUAACCCCUUCGCAAAAGGUUUCCGCGACAAUUACGACACGCUCUACGCUCCUCCCGACUCUGAUCGCCUCACCCCUUCCCCUACAGAGGGCCAGCAGUUGUUACCGGGGACCUGCUACCCACAGAGCUACCUUUCUGAACAAUAUAUUAGCCCCCUGUCGCAGAGCCGCUUCUAUGGCCGUGAUCACAUCGGCAUGGGCCAGCAGCACAAAGACCCAUCCUCUAGCCCUGGACCCCACAGUCGCUGGUACCUGCCCCCACAGCAGAACAUACCACCGAACCGGCUUGACUUCACAUCCUCCUAUGAGGGGGACUUUUCUGGAAAUGGCUUCUACAAGCCGUUCCCCCUGCAGACGUCUGCUCACCAUGCCCUCAGCUAUUACCCUGAGCAUCCUUUUGCGUCGAGCAGCGUAUCGGUAUCAGCGGCCGGGUCAGCAGGAUGGAGCGCUAGCAGGCACACCCCACAGUAUCCCAGCAAACCCGCCCCCAGUCUGAGCUGGUUCAGACCCAUUUCGUCCUCCUCUUCCUCCUCGUCAUCUUCCACGCCCCCCGGGAACCCCAGGCUGCACCCACCCUCGCUCCUGGAGUCCCUGCAGCCGCCCGUGCUGCAUGAAAAGCCAAAAGACCCCACCGGAGUGGCAGCUGAGGACCCCUGGCUCGAGCCACCCUCCGUCAAAUCAGCAGACUCAGCCGACUCGGGCAUGUUCGAGGGAAACAAGAAGAGGAGAGUCUCGCCCUACACGUCCAGCACUGAAAACUCCCCGCCUCCACGUGCUGGGGAGGUCUGUGAAAAAGACAGCAACAGCGAUCCAGACUACUACGGCUAUUACACCCACUGAGGACCUCCCGUUUCGUCUCAAACGUAUCCUAAGGCCCUCUCACAGCGCCCUGAGUCUGUCCGGUCUGCCAGGUUUUUAUGAUGGAUUGAAACAAACAGAACCACAAAAUAUAAGUGAAAAACAUCCACAUCGUAAAGUUUCAUCUCACAAGAGUCAAAUGAUACCAGGAGGAACUCUUAAGGACAGUGACAAAGUGAACAAAAGUGGAUGUGACUGGGACUCUGGCCUACAGUCACAUAAACACCAAACAGACAUACAGAGGUGUGACUGAAGUCUUUGAAACAUCUGGAGAUUUAAGAGGGGAAAAAAGCCCAAACAUCUGCAUAUCUGCUUGCUGACAGAUGCCUGCAGGAAUUGUCUGUUCUUUCUGCAUCAAACCCACUCCGGCUGCGGUGCCAUGUCUCGUCUGUGUCUUCCUUCGCAUCCUCAACCGUUUACACAUUUCUUCACAAUGUGCUCACGUUCAUUUCUCCCAGUGAUUCUAUGCCGAAACUGGUUAGCAAAAAAGAAAAGAAAAAAAAAACACAGAAAAACUCAUGUCCUCUCUAACCUUUGGCUCAUAAUAAACGAUGCAGCUCCCACUUGUGGCUGUAGAGGAGAAGUGCAGGCAGUCAGUGUAAAGGUGUCAGAGCAGGUUUUAGGAGAGCUUAGUGUUAAUAGUGUGGCAGUGACGGCAAAAGCACAACAAAAUAGACACAUUAUGUGGAGGUUGCGCAGCAUCUGACAGUGAUCUUUCAUGCAUAAUGUUUAAUCAUACACACAAAGUUGGAAACAAAGGCAGAUUCAGGUCCAUUCAUGUGUUCAAACACCUAGAAGUUUUCCGAAUUUUGUCUCAUUAUUACCUCAAACCUGUUUUUAAUGGCGUUCUGAGAUAGACUAAUCCAAAUUAGUGAAUACUUAUGAAGCUCAACAACUUUUUGAUCCUUUUUUUUUCACAGACAAUCUAAAAAAUGUGACAUUCAUUUGAAUUCAACCCCACCGAACCAAUACUUUGUAGAAUCCCUCUGGGGUUAUGGCUCUGUGCUCAAAGUGUGCAAUCUGAAAUUUUUGACCAUUCUUCUGUGCAAAAACAACUUAACUUUAAAUUUUCAAUCAAUUGUUAAUUACAUUUAAUACCUUGCCAUUCUUAAAAAAUGUUUUGUUUUGUUCUAGAGUUCAUCUCAUGCAGGAAGAUGAUCCAGAGCUCCAGGCUCAAGUCUUCGCAGUCUCUAUCGGGUUUUCCUCCAGGUUUUCAGUCUUUUUAUCUAGUUUAAUCCACGUUCCCAACAACUCUUACCAGUUUUAGUGUGUCUGAAAAAAAGUAUCUCUACUGUAAGUUGCCACCUUUUUUUCAUGGUAGGGAUGGUGUGAUCAGGAUUUUGGUUUUCUGCCUCACCGUUUUGUAUGAAGGUGGAAAAGCAGGAUUUCACUGAACACCUAAUGCUUCACCUCCUCUCUUGCCUCUAUUUUUUUAACAAUUGAUUUCUUAACACAUAAAGCCCAGAUUUGUUGACUGUAACGUCAUUGGAUAUUCCCAUAUGAGUUACGUGUCUCUGCAGCUCCCUCAGAGUAACCAUGGGCCUCCUUCAUGGUUUUCUGAUUAAUUGUCUCAUUGCCUAGUCUGUCAAUUUAGGUAGACAACGUUGUCUUGGUAAGUUUGUAGUUGUGCGAUACUCUUUCCAUUUUCAGAUGAUGGAGAGAUCACUGCUCUUUAAGUUUGGAAUAUCUGCUAUAAACUCCAAUCAUUCACCCUUUUUUUCCACUUAACUUUUAGUAGAAGCUGUAGGGUAACGAUUGAUUUACAUAUACUGUACUUUAUGGAAAAAGCUUCAAACAAGACUAGCUGUUCACAGGCAUGUGGGUGUAGAGUGCAAAGAUUCUGACCUUGCAAUAAUUAGUCAAUAGUAAAUCACUCCCGUCAAUAAACAAAUAAACCCACAAUUAAUAUGAGCAUCAAUAACUGCCAAAUAGCAUCGUCAAGAGAAGCAUACAAGUUUUUAAAACACAGAUAAAAUGGAGUGGCAGUCAUUCUGUGGAUCAGUUGAUAGUAGGCCGUGAGGACGCCCACAUGCACCUGUAGAUAAACUGACGAGGCGCUGUCAGCCUCAGACCACAAUAAACAGGAAGCACAAAGUGACCAGACCGACACUCUGAAUUUCCCCCCUGGUCUCAGGACCCAUCAUGUGGUGACGCUGGUUGACAGAGGCCCGGCUCCUCGCCUGGUGACAGAAAUAAAGAGUGAGGCUACAGUCGGAGCUGAUCAGAGGUCUGCUUCUCACUCCGCACCAGGUGUGCUAAAUGCCUCAGACAACACCGGAGGCGACAAGCGAGCGCCUAGUGUUACCUAUCAGGGAUUUUGCAAUGUUGACUCUCCAAGCUCAAAUUACUUACACAUGUCAGUGUAAGUAACUACACUUACACUCGUAAGUGUAAGUGUAUUUGCACACUUAAUUAAAUGCAUUGAGAUGGUGUUUACUGAUGGAACCGUUACUACUGUAACAAACAGAAAUUCAACAACUGCCAUAUGCAGUUAAAGCUGAGUAGAAAUGCUCAUUUUUAAAAAGCAUGUUUACAUUUUGACUUUUUUGUAAAUUGUAUGAGUCUAUAGACUGUAAAUCUGCAGAGAAAAGAAAGUGAAAUAUUUAAAAGCAUUUCUAAAACAGUUUCCAUGAAAAAAAAAAGGCUGUUGCUUCCACCUAUCCAUUUCUUUUCAUUGUUUAUAGCCGCUCAUCCUUGCAGAGCUGCAGGGAGGACUGGUUCCUAUUUACGGGGGUCCUGCACACCCCCGGGUAGGUUAUCAGCACAGAGACACACGCACAACAAACAACCUUACACACACAUAUUCAUACCUCGGAACAAUUUAGGGAGGCCGACUAUCCUAAGUUAUGUUUUUGAACUGUGGGAGGAUGCUGGAGUACCCAGGGAGAACCCACAAAUGCACACGGAGAACAGGCAAACUCAAUACAGAAAGACCCAAGGCCAAGAUUUGAACUCAGGACCUUUUCCCUGCAAGGCACCGCUGCUGCCAACCGCCCACUGUGCAGCCACAGGUUAUGUCCCAUAUAGACUAAAUAACCAUAACAAGUUGCUACAAAUACAUUUUACUGGUUUCAUAAGAUUCAAACUUUAACAUUUUAUAGUAAUGCAUACAUCUGGGUGCUGAAACUAUCCUAUUUAGCCUAUUAUUACUAAAUGACACCAUGUAGCUAUUUAUAGUUGCUAACAGCUAUAAUUCACUGGUGACAUGGCAUUAGCUUAAGCUAAUCAGCAGCUUUUUGUUGUUUAUUUAAUGCCAGAAAUUAAAUAAACAGGUUAUGAAAUGUGUAUGUAAUGGAUCUGGAUGGUGACAGAUGUAAUGAUUCAUUAAGUAGCAACAAGGUGCUGAAAACACAUUAGACAGAAAAUCUCAUUAUAUUUCUUGUGUUAUAUUUCUAAAAGAAAAUGUUUGUUAUUUAAUAUAUUCAUAUUUGUCAAAUAAUUAUUCUCGGGGUACAUUGAUGAAAGUUUUCCAAUGUUGUAAGGGCAUUUAAAUGAAGAUGAAAUUAAUUUAGGGUGAGGGUGCAUAUGCAGAAACAAAGAGAGAACGUGUCGCAGAAAUACUGGCCUGCAAAUACAUCAGUUGCUUUUUUUAUUUUCUGUGGUCUCCAUGGUAUACAAAUGACCUCUCACCUACACAGCGGCAAAAUCUCACAUCAAACAACUGCAUGAAAAU